AUGAGAGAAAGUUCAUCAACCUCAUCCACACCAAUUCGUCACCCACAUGUACUUUCAGCCACCUUAUCGGAAUCAGAUUUAAAACUAAGCUGUUUGGUGAAUUCGUACAUUGAUGAGACACUAGUUUCGAAGGUUGAUACACUGCACUGUGAUCAAGAUCCUGGUGGGUUUUAUGGGCUUCCUUGUCGUGUCAGGGAACUUUUCGCUGAACUUCGUGGAGUGACAGAACUCUAUGAUUGGCAGAAGGAAUGUCUCUUAUUGACUUCCAGCAAGGCUGGGGCUAAUUUGGUGUACAGCUUGCCCACAAGUGGUGGAAAGACGUUGGUUGCCGAAAUUCUAAUGUUGCAGGAACUAUUGCUCCGGAAAAAGAACGUACUAUUUAUUCUUCCGUUUGUGUCCAUUGUCCAAGAAAAGGUUCGCUCCCUAACUACUAUGGGUCUGGAGCUCGGUUUUUGGGUCGAAGAGUAUGCUGGGAGUCGUGGACGGAUACCGCCCGUGAAGCGACGUGGUUGCCAUUCGGUCCUAAUGGCAACGAUCGAAAAAGCGCACAGUAUUGUAAAUUCACUGAUUGAUAAUAAAUCCCUCGCCGAUGUUGGGCUGGUCAUCGUAGAUGAGCUCCAUAUGAUCGGUGAAGGGGGAUCUCGAGGAGCUUGUCUUGAAAUUUUAUUGACCAAAUUGCUCGUGGUUUCACCUCAAACUCGAAUCAUUGGAAUGAGUGCAACACUGGCAAACAUGUCCGAUCUCACACGGUUUCUCAAAGCCGAACUGUACACGAGCAAUUUCCGUCCAGUCCAACUCGUUCAGUACGUCAAAGUGGGUGAUCAUCUUUACGAGCUGCUUGAAACCACUGCUCGAAACCGCCGACCGACCGAUACACCGGAGGAAUUGCUGUAUGACCAAUUGGUACAUAAGCGAACUGUCCACUUUCAGUUUGAAUGCACGCCUUAUAUUAUGUUUCUGCAUCAAUUCCUCUUUUCUCCUCGACAGUACAAUAAACAAAUGCUUGCACGUGAUCCGGACCAUUUGGUUGGCUUGGUUGCUGAAACUCUGUUAGGUUAUUCAGUAGAAGAUGGGGGCUCAGACACCCUGCCUCGUUCGCAGAGGCGUUUCUCCUGCCUAGUCUUCUGUCCUACCAAAGUUCACUGUGAGAACACGGCGAAGAUGCUCGCAGAACUACUUCCCCCAUCUGCCUGCUUCCCGUCUUCGUUGGAUAAAGACUCUUUGGAGAACCUGGUUCAGCGACGAAGUGAACUCUUGACGGAAUUGCGGGUCGACAGCUUGGCUGAUCGUGAUGCACUGAAUCAGGAACGAACCACUCAAUGGGGGACUUGUUGUCCAGUCCUGGAGGUAACUGUGCCGAGGGGUGUUGCCUACCACCACGGAGGUCUAACACAAGAAGAGCGUAUUGCCCUUGAGGAGGCUUACAGCGAGGGAACGUUAAGUGUUCUGUGUUGUACUUCUACAUUAGCGGCUGGCGUUAACUUGCCUGCCAGACGUGUUAUUAUCCGUAAACCAUACAUUGGCAACAACUUCCUGUCCGGAAGCCAGUAUAAGCAGAUGAUCGGCCGAGCCGGUCGCGCAGGCUUGGACAGCGCUGGAGAAAGCAUAACUAUCCUGCAACCGAACGACCGAUCUCAUUUUGCCAAAAUGAUUGAUAGCAUUCCGCCAAUUUGUAAUCCAUCUGUGCCCGUUUCUGGUUCGAAUGGUUUAUGCACCAGCAGCCUGUUAUAUGAGGAUGGCAAGGGUAUGCGUCAGCUGCUGUUAUCCCUGGUUGGAUUGCAGGUUGCUACAACGAUGCGUGAUAUUUUAUCUGCUGCUAAACGUACCCUGUUUGCUGUUCAAGCGGAAUGUGCGGGUAAUGAUGUUACUGAAAGAGUGGUUCGGGCGGAAUUGCAGACACUUAUUGGCAAGGAUCUAUUGCUGCUCAUGUCAGACGAUGUGAUGUCUGGUCCGUCCCCAACAAAACUACCUCGUGGUGAUAUUCUUAAUUUACAGUUCCAGGCCACAAGGCUUGGCCGUGCCACCGUCAAAGGCGGACUCGACACUGACCAAGUUGGGUCCCUUCUGUCUGAUUUGCGUCUAGCUUCACGAGCUUUGAACACCAGCGGACCAUUACAUUUGUUGUAUUUGGUCGCACCACUUGAUGUGGUGGAGCAGAUUCAAGUUGAUUGGGGAGUGCUUUAUAAUCGGUUUAGCCUUCUGACUCCAGCUGAAGCUAAUAUUCUCAGUUUCCUUGGGUUUCCAGAAGGUUAUUUGUUAUGGAAAGCUACCGGCCAUCCAAUCAGGAAGAAACUGGACGAACGACCACUAUGCCGACUCUAUGUUGCUUUGGCUCUAUCCGAACUGUGGCAAACCAGUACGACUGUGCCCAUAUGGAGAGUGGCCGAGCGAUACAAGGUGUCACGUGGAUCGCUGCAGUCGUUACUGUCCUCCGCAGCCGCUCUAGCGAGUUCGCUGGCACACGCAUUGUCUAGUGAAUACGCCUCUGACGAACAACUGUGGGCAUUCUCGCAUCUCCUGCCUGAAUUCGCCAACCGCUUGGCCUAUUGCGUUUCUAGCGAACUGCUGCCUCUAAUGGAACUCCCCGGAGUAAAACGGGCUCGGGCUCGUCAACUUUAUAGCUGCGGGUUUUGCACACUCAAGGACAUUGCAACCGUUCAACCAUCUGAACUGACCUCUCGAAUGUCUCCAUAUCUGUCUCGGCGUGCUGCUUUGCAGCUUAUUCAGACUGCCAAAAUGCUGGUUUCCGAGCGGGCAGACGCCCUUCGACAAGAGGCUGUUGAACUUCUUGAUGGGGUUCCAGGGAAAAGCGUCAUGUCCCAGCUGGCCGAAGAUGUCACACACCGUCCAGUGUGGACAGACUAUUUGGAUUCAGAGAAGCAAUUUAUCCCUACACCCGGUGAAAGUCAAAGCAGUCCAACCUCGAACUCUCAAGAAGAUGAUCUUUUCGCUUGA